CUGGCAGGAGCUGAAGAAGACAGCUGUGUUUGGUGUGGUAUUUUUAAACGCAUCAAUGCUGCUCCAAUCCCCGCGCCUCGCCUGACCUAUUUUUAGCCAGGGCUGGCCAUUGUUCUAUUUCUGUCACCUGUGGGCCACGCAGUUGUUGAUUCACAUGCAAAUGAAGCUUGCUCCCUCCCCGGCUUGCAGUACUGCCUCAGCGAGGUGCUCAGUGCACAGUACACGGCUUUCCUAGCAACUCAGCUUUACGUUUUUUUUCUCCGUCUCUGCUCAGACACUUUGCUUUAGGAGGGGGGGAGGAAAAAAAAAACUGGAUAGAAAUAGGCAGAGAGGCAGAUGAGAAAAAAAAUAAGCUGUUGUCUUGUUAUCUUCUAAAACUGUGUUUGGUCUGAAGCAGGGCACUGGGAGAGUGGCAGCCCUGCAGAGAGUGUGUGCUGUCCGUGUUAUUGCUCUACAGUAAGAGUGGUUUAUCAGAGGAGGAGGCAGAGGAAGGGAGAGUUGCCUGUUGUCGUGGUCUCUCCCCUGAGUGGCUGAGGGGUGGCUCUUGGUGACAGGAAACGCAAGGCUUGCAAUGAGACCUGAGCGCUGAGUGGAGUAUGCUGCAGACGAUUUACGAGGGCGAGUCAAGUUUCUCCACAACAGAAGGGCGCGUUGGACACCAGCAGUCCCCCAACCAGAGCAAGAUGCACAACGUGAACAACUCAGUGGACAUUAAGCCAGACGUGCCAUUGGCUGUGGAACCCUUAUCUCCGUUGGACUUGCGCACUGAUCUGAGGAUGCUGGGGCCAGGCUCAGAUCCGGGACUGUGGGAGAGGCAGCUGCAGCAGGAGCUGCUCCUCAUUCAGAAGCAACAGCAGAUCCAGAAGCAGCUACUAAUCAGCGAGUUCCAGAAGCAGCAUGAGAAGUUGACCCGUCAGCACCAGGCUCAGCUCCAGGAGCACCUCAAGCUCCAGCAGGAGCUCCAGGCCAUGAAACAGCAGCAGGAACUUGCAGAGAAGGAGCGUCGUCUGGAGCAGCAGCAGCAGCAGAACCAGCAGGAGAAGGAGCAGGAGAGGCAUCGGCGAGAGCAGCAUGUUUCCAGCCUGAUCCUCAGGGGCAAGGAGCGCUCUCGAGAGAGUCUCACAGGUGCAGUGGCCAGUACCGAGGUGAAGCAGAAACUCCAAGAGUUUCUGUUAAGCAAAUCAGCAAAGGACCCUGCCGGCAACGGAGUCAAUCAUUCUUUUAUUCACCACCCAAAACUCUGGUACACGUCUUCUCACCACACAUCACUGGACCAAAGCUCUCCACCUCUGGGCGGCACAUCCCCCACCUGCCAGUAUACUCUCCCAUCACCCAUAGAGAGCAAGGACGACUUCCCCUUGAGGAAGACAGCCUCUGAGCCCAACCUGAAGGUACGAUCCAGACUGAAGCAGAAGGUAGCAGAGAGGAGGAGCAGCCCGAUGCUCAAGAGAAGAGAUGGAAACAUCAUGACUCCUUACAAGAAGAGGGCUUUGGAGCUAAUGGACUCUACGCCUACUAACAGUGCCCCUGGCUCCGGCCCCAGCUCUCCCAUAGGGGCCUCCAGUGCCUUGGGGGCUGAAAAUGGACCCUCGUCUCUGCCUACUACCACAAAAACUGAGAGAUGGCCUUCACAGCCGAGGUUAUUCCGACCUGAGGGCUCUGUGUCGAUGUUAAGCUUAUACACAUCUCCUUCCUUACCCAACAUCUCCUUCGGGCUUUCGACUGCAUCCUCACCCAUUAGUGCAAUGGGGUUGAAGGACAGAUCGACAGAGAUCAAGCAUGGGUUGCCUGGGCACCUGCUGGGCCCUGUGCCCCUUCAGACAGGCCUCGAUUCUAAAGUGAGCCCCAGUCAUCAGGCCCUCCUUCAACACCUCCUCCAGAAGGAGCAGAUGAGGCAGCAGAAGAUGCUCUCCUCUGGCCAAGGCUCCAUGUCGUCCCACCCUCAGUCCCCUCUGGCCAUGAAGGAUCGGCCCUCCAGCAGUCGGCCUAAACUUCCAAAACACCGGCCUUUGAACAGAACCCAGUCUGCACCGCUGCCUCAGAACACACUGGCCCAACUUGUCAUCCAGCAGCAACACCAGCACUUCUUGGAGAAACAGAAACAGUACCAGCAGCAGGUCCAUAUAAAUAAGCUGUUGUCCAAAUCCAUUGAGCAGUUACGUCAGCCCAGCGCACACCUGCAGGAAUCAGAGGAAGAGCAGGAGGAGCUGCACAGAGAGCAGACAGAAAGCAUGCAGGAGGACAGGCUGCCCCCUGGAGGAGUCAUCCGGAAGCACACACUGAGCAGUAGCAGCAGCGGCUCAAGCAGCGAGCUCCCAGACGCUCACUACGGGGUCAUCAAGGUCAAAGAGGAGCCGGCUGAUAGCGAGGACGAGGCACUGACCAAUCAGAGCUUAGAGUCAGAGCAGAGCGCCUACCUUCACCAGGUCAAAGGAAGACUGGUGAUAAGAGCCAUGAUAUGAGAGGGGAAGACGACGAGAUCACACACUUGCAACAUUCGCAGAUAAACACGUCUCUACCACAUUUAAAUCCUUGCAGUUACACACACAUAUACACACACAGCAGCCAUUGCACAGUAGGCCAGCUCUGUC